GCUAGGGGGCCCCUGUUGCUGUCGCAUUUUGCGGCGGCGGGGAGCUACAAACCUUCUGUCAAUCCCAACUUCAAAACAGACCUCAAUCCAUGAGAUAAUCAUGUCGAAAGGUCUAAUAAAGAGCCAUGUUUCCCACAUAGCUAUCAUUUUUACCCUUUGAUUUCUUGUUAAACAACCUUGGAAGCUUCCAAACCUCUCCUUGCCUCUCCAAUCUUUAUAACCAACCCCUAUUGUUCUCCAGGCAGUUCAUAGAGAGCUUCGUCGUGCUACGUCAUAGGGCCAUAGGGCAACAAAUAGCAGUGAAAAAAGGCAACUAUGGGAUUGCUCGUGAAGCUAGGCCUGCGCCGCCCUAUGCAAUGGGAGCGCCCGACGUUACUGGACUGGAUACUGGAGUCGCCUCUGCAAGCCAUCGUCUUCCACCUGUACCUGCUAGUGCUGUGGCUGCGCGGCAACCCGGUCAAGCCGCCGCGGAACCGGCCGCCGAUCAAGAUCGUGUGCCUGUCCGACACCCACGACUCGAUCGUGCAAGACGUUCCCGAUGGCGACCUGCUGGUCCACUGCGGCGACACGACGAACGACGGCACCGUCGCCUCCAUCCAGAAGCAGGUCGACUGGCUGGUCUCGCUGCCGCACCAGCACAAGGUCCUCGUGUGCGGAAACCACGACAGCUGGUUCGAUAUUCGGUCGAGGAUGGAUGCAGAUACGCUGGGCCACAAGGCGGUUGAUACCAAGACGCUGCAUUAUCUCGAACACAAGUCUAUCACGCUGAAUUUCAAGGGCGGCCGGAGGUUGAAUAUUUACGGGGCCCCUGAUAUUCCCAAGUGCGGAGGUCCCGAGCACGCGUUCCAAUACAUACCUUCUACGGAGAACCCCUGGGCUGGCACUAUCCCCUUAGAUACAGAGAUUCUCAUAACUCAUACUCCACCGAAACAUCAUCUCGAUCUCUCCCUCGGUUGCCCGAACCUACUGCGCGAGAUAUGGGAGAAGAAGCCGAAGGUGCAUAUAUUCGGACACGUCCACUGGGGGCGGGGUGUCCAGCCGAUUUUCUGGGACGAGUGCCAAAAGUCCUACGAAAAGGUCAUGUCCCGUCCGAAGCGAGGGCUGAUCUUGGACAUGAUCCCUCAUAAGGGUUGGCUCGACGCGUGGAAAGUCUUCUAUUACGGAUUUGUCAGCGUUCUAUGGCAUUGGUUUAUGCUGGGCGGAGUCGCCAACGGAAGCGUGAUGAUCAAUGCGGCGAUGCAACAUGGGACUUCGGGGAAGUUAACCAAGAAGCCUCCUAUAACGAUCGAGAUAUAACAUUUGGGAAAUAUGGUUGAAAAUAUGGCACUAUAGAGAAAUAUAUAUGUCGGUACAUAUAUGUAGAAGAAUAUGGUCGGUAUGCCACACCUAGGCAUUGGACGGGUUCAUCACGAGGAGUUAGGCCAUUAAUGCUUGUGCAUUCAUUGCAACUUCAGGUGCUCGUUCACAUGGGAAUGACACCAAA